GGCUGGGAGAAUGUUUUAGACACCAACGUGUUGGUUCGUAGCUGUGUUCAGAGUGCAGUUGGCAUGCUAAGAGAUCAGACAGAGGCAGGUACCCGCAGCACCAAGAGAGUAGAGAUUCUUCUAAUGCUCUUGGAUGACAAUGAGAGUCUACAAGCUGAAUUUAUCAAAGCUUUAAAGAAACGGCUUCAUUCUCUAUUGAUGGCUCACGAUCAAAACACAAUCUCUGGCAAGAGUUGGGUCUCCAAGGAAGCACUAAAUAUUGAUGCAUUGCAAGAGGGUGGGACUUUUAGACAUGCCCUUUGGAGACGAGUUCAAGCAGUAGUAACUCCAUUUUUGGCACAACUUGUUUCAAUUAUUGAUCGUGACU